CGUCAUUCUUUCCGGUCCAUUGCAAUCCUCCAAGGCUAUCAAGAGCGCUCAUUCAAGAUGUCGGCCCAGAGACGUGCGGCUCGAGGGGCAGACGAUAGCCUGACAUCGUCGCUGGAGGAGGCUAGCACCAGCGUCUGGAGCUCGUCGAGCGAAGCCGUGGAGCAGUCAGCAUCGACCUCUUUCCAGCCAGACUCGCUCCAGGGCACAAGCAGCACGGCAGAGAGCUCAGGGCCAGAGACGUCUCAGGUGUCAGGCUCGGGAGAGGAGGGGAUGACGAGUGAAGACGGCACUCUGUUUGACUUCCACUCGUCAAAGAAUGAGGAGGGCAUCGAGGAGGAAGCGCUGGGCAUGCAACUGGGCGAAAUGUCUUUGAGUGGCGUUGGCUCGGGGCAACGCAGCGACGAGCCCGCAUCGAGCUCCUUUACAGACUCACUCGAGGCUCAACGCGAAGCGAUUCGUCAACGCAAGGGCGGCGGGAAAGAUCCAGCGCCAAGGGAGAGCACGCCUGCUCUCGAGCUGCCCAUCACCAGGGACAGAAAACAAAUCAAGAUCGACGUGCCAGGCCCAGCCAAGCAAAAGAGCAGAAAGGUGGUGCGAGGUCCCAACGGCAAGCCCAUUUUCAUCUUCACCGAGGGUAAUAAGACCCGAGUGAUAGGAGCACCGUCCUGGCUCCUUGGUGGCAACCAUCUCGAUGAUCUCAGCGAAAUCGAUUGGAAGUGGAGCGAUGAAGAGGAAGAUAGCGGGAGACGCGGCGAUCAGGCGGAGGUGGCAGACGAUAGCGAGCCGUGAUACCGCGGCGUGGGCAGGGCGUAGAAAUGCGAGUGUAGGAAAAUGCUGCAUUGAUGAAGCGUGCUCUGUUGUCUAUGGUAUACUCGGUGCACAUUUCACGACCCAAGCCCUCUAGGGUCCU